CUGAUGCCUCCAUUGGCUGGUUGGUUUGCUCCACAGCACAGCAUGCCGGUGUGGAACCCGCAACAACCUCCACCAUUCGACCCGUCUCAAGCCCCGGCGCCCUGGCCGCCCUGGAACAGCUACAAGGGCAUGUGGAACGAGCAGCGGUACCCCAACUGGAGUGGCCCUUGGGACGGGGGCCCCGCAAGCCCCUGGAGCGGUCAGUUUGACCAGCCGCCGUGGAGCAGCCAGCCGGAUCAGCCGCCGCCAUGGGGCCAGAGGGAGUCUCCCUUCCGCAUGCAGCAUCCGCCGUUCAACCAGCCGCCGCCACCACACAACUUCGGACACUUUCCGCCGUGCUUCAUGCAGCACGAGUUUCCUCCGCGGCGUCAUUUAGAACGGCUGCCAUAUCCACCGCACCGAUUCGACUACCCACAGGGAGACUUCCCAGGAGAGAUCAGUCCACCCCCUGAUCACCACCCAAACCAAAGGAUUCCUCCUCCUGGGAUAUCUGAUCCUCCUCCGUGGGGCGGGAACCAGCAUCCUGAUUUGGGGCCGCCUCCUCACGACUUUAACUGUCAGGCACCACACAAGCGGCGGCAGACCCCAUCUCACGUCAGUCAGGACGACUCCAGCCUGGUGCCCAAUGUGCCCUACUUUGACCUUCCCGCAGGACUCAUGGCGCCGCUUGUGAAGCUUGAAGAUCAUGAUUAUAAGCCUCUGGACCCAAAAGACAUCCGUCCACUGCCCACAAAGCCUCCCAGUGACCGUCUGCUGGCUGCAGUGGAGGCGUUUUACAUCCUGCCGUCCCACGACAGACCCAGAAACAGUGAGGGUUGGGAACAGGGCGGUCUGUAUGAGUUCCACCGGGCCAAAAUGAGAGAGAGGCGGAAAAAGGAACAGGACAAACACAACAGCACCCAAGGGAGUCCUUCACGCAGUCGGACGUGCAGCCGGGAACGAUCCACGUCACGCUCCAGCUCCAGAUCUUCCAGAUCCUCUCGCUCCAGAUCCAGAUCCAGAUCCCGCUCUCGUUCUCGCUCCUACUCCAGAUCCCGCUCUCGUUCUCGCUCCUACUCCAGAUCUCGCUCUCGGUAUCCCAGAAAAAUAUCUGCUUUGACAUUGUUGUUGAACACAUUUUUGACUCUCUCCCGGAGGAGCAGGAGUCACUCCAGAUCCAGGUCCCAAAGUCGCUCCCGCUCCAGAUCUCGCUCCAGAUCACGAUCUCCAGACAAGCGUUGUGACGCUGCAAAAUCACGCAGUCCGACCCCACCGAGCAGGAGUCACUCCAGAUCCAGGUCCCGAAGUCGCUCCCGCUCCAGAUCACGAUCUUCAGACAAGCGUCGUGACGCUGCAAAAUCACGCAGUCCGACACCAGCGAGCAGGAGUCACUCCAGAUCCAGGUCCCAAAGUCGCUCCCGCUCCAGAUCUCGCUCCAGAUCACGAUCUCCAGACAAGCGUUGUGACGCUGCAAAAUCACGCAGUCCGACACCAGCCUCCACAUCUGGUUUGGGUUCAGGCCCUGCUGGGUCUGACCCACAGGAUCCCUCCAGCACAGAGUGAUCACCCAUCACACAUGGUCUGUAUUUUUACUGUAGAUGUCAUAAAGUUGUUUUUCACAUUUGUUUGGACGUUUUAUCUUGCCCUUGGUUCCUUUUUGUAGUAAAAUGCAUCAAAGCAUCAUAUUGUAACUCACGGAGGUGUCAGUGUCAUCGCAAGCGUUUCCUUUGAUUAAUCUGAGACUCUGUACAAGCAAAAUAAAGACACUUUAAAAAGGGCACAGUGUUUAUGUAAACAUUUUAUUUAUGCAUGAAUGAUUAAAGUAAAGCACGAUGAACAGAUACUGAAAAAUGCUGGUUUAUUUAGGCACGUUAUUGCAUGAACAAUGAUUGAAAUUUUUUUGGCUGUUUAUGAUUUGUGGACGAUGCAUCCAAAAC